AUGAGUGAGAGUGGUGAGCUUAUAAUUUUUGAAGGACAGAAAACUUCAGCCCUAUCAGCUCCUUCAGCCCAGAUCGUACAACGGCCCUUAGUAGUCUUGCGACCUUCGUGCACAGACGACCCCAACACUGGCAUUUUCCCUAGAAUAGUCCUGUGCGAUGUUGCAAGAUUUGCCUUGGCAAAUCUGCAUCAAGAACAUAUGCAGUGCGUACUAAUGCUCAACUUUAUCUACGAGAAGAUCUACACCUUCCUGUGGUUCUGGGUUUUCGUUGCCAUUGCAUCUACUUUCUCAGCAGUAAGGUACACGGUCGCAUUGUUUCUACCAAUGUAUCGCGGGCUAAUUGCUGACAACUUUUUACCGACACAAGACGUGCUUUUUUCGAACUUUGCUGCUGAGCAUGGUGUACGUCCAACCCCAGUCGCAAGUAGAGCGCUUGUGGAUUAUUUUGUGCACAAAAUUCUCAGAUGUGAUGGCAUUCUCUUACUUUCAUUCAUAAAUGUGAACGCUGGAGGUCUUGUUACGCACGAUAUCGCGCACCAGCUUUGGAAAAUCACCGUGCAGCCCACGUUCAAGGGCGCCGCCACAGUGUCUCCAUCCGAGGAGUGCACCAUGAGAAAGGAGUCUGAGAUGAGGAAAGAUUCGGGGAUGUUGUACUGGCCGAGCUUCAUUAACCUGCCUGCAACUGUAAGAAAAAUGGGCUUGGCAAAGCGAAUGGAGGCUGCUGGUGACAGCCGGGAUGUUUCUUUCAAUGACAAAAAGUCAUACGCAAUAGCACAACCCAUGGUACGCAUGCGUUCUCUCAGUGUUGGUAAUCUGGAAGCCGAGCCUACAGCUCCUAUGGAAUCUUCGCCUUUGAUUUCUGACGGAUCUACUCAAGCCGUCGAGGACUCGACGUGUCCCAUUCAGAGUCUUCCUGCUUCACCUGGUGGACGACGCCGUUUUGCCAACGGAGGACCAGGAGUUGCUUUUGUCGACAAUCGUUCUGAGAAGAAGUAGAACAAAUUGUUUGAAAUGGUGUGCUAAUAAUCUUAAUAAGAAAUCUAGCUCUAGUGUAAGUUCUCUACGGCGUUUGUUGAAAUAAAAAUAUACCGAAU